UAGUUGAUGGGUGCUUACGCAAUAACUUAGAGUUACAUCGUGUCGUCUGUAACAUCAAUGAUACAAUGGCUCCCUUCUCACAUACAGAACCCACAAUCACAGAAACUGAAGAUGAAUUCCCGAAGCUUGUCGCCCCGCAAGCAGCUCCCAGGAAAUACGACCUAAUAUACCCUAAUUUAGUAACAUUUUUCUACGCGCAUGUAGCUGCAUUGUAUGGGCUUUACCUAGCCUGCACCAUCGCUACGUGGAAGACAUUGAUAUUCAGUCACAUAUUAUUCAUGCUGGCAGCUGUAGGUGUUACCGCUGGAGCCCAUAGACUGUGGACCCACAGAGCAUAUAAGGCGAAAAUGCCCUUGCAAAUCAUACUGAUGGUUAUGAACUCAUUAGCAUUCCAAAACACGGCGAUACAUUGGGUGCGAGAGCAUCGAAUGCAUCAUAGGUACAGUGACACGGAUGCUGAUCCUCACAAUGCGACGCGUGGUUUCUUCUACUCGCAUAUGGGGUGGCUACUGGUCAAGAAGCAUCCAGAGGUGAAACGGAGAGGAAAAUUUCUCGACAUGUCCGACAUCCACGCCAACCCCGUACUUAGAUUUCAGAAGAAGUACGCCAUUCCAGUCAUAGGAACUAUCUGCUUCGCUCUACCAACCCUCAUACCCAUGUAUUUCUUCGGAGAAACCCUCAAUACCGCAUGGAACAUCGCCAUAAUGCGUUAUGUCCUCAACCUCCACAUAACAUUCUUCGUCAACAGUGCUGCUCACUUAUGGGGAAAUAAACCUUAUGACAAGUAUAUGAAGCCGGCUCAGAACCUUUUUGUAUCUUGGGUAGCAUUUGGUGAGGGAUUCCAUAACUACCAUCAUGCGUUUCCAUGGGAUUAUCGAACAGCCGAGCUGGGUAAUAACUGGUUGAAUUUCAGCACUAAGUUCAUUGAUUUCUUCGCGUGGAUCGGUUGGGCGUAUGACCUCAAAACGGUCCCUGAUGCGGUUGUUCAAGCGAGGGCGAAGAGAACAGGUGAUGGCAGUAACAUGUGGGGCUUUAACGUUAAAAAGACUGAAUAA